AUGUUAUCAACUUGGAAAAUAGAACAUUAUCGACGUUUAAAUUUCUCCAAAAUUGUUAGGUUAUGUAAAAACUUUGUCCACAAAGACUCUGCUACUACACCAGAGAUCGAUACCAUUUUCUCAAAUGGACGCAAUUUAACUAUAUCAACUGGCAAAUACGCUCGAUUUUGCGAUGGAUCAGCUGUUGCCAAAAUUGGUGAUACUUCAGUUAUGGUUACGGCUGUGUCAAAACCAAAGUCUCAUAAUGUUGGGAAUUUUCUUCCACUUGUUGUUGAUUACAAACAAAAAUCAGCUGCGGCAGGACGCAUUCCUACGAAUUUCUUAAGAAGAGAACUAGGUCCAACAGAAACUGAUAUAUUAACAUCGAGGUUAAUAGAUAGAUGCCUCAGGCCGUUAUUUCCACCUAACUAUCUUAAUGAAACCCAAUUAGUUUGUAAUUCGUUAGCCGUUGAUUCAAUAUACAAUGCUGAUGUGCCAGCUAUUAAUGCUGCUUCAGCUGCUUUGUCGUUAAGUGAUAUACCAUGGAAUGGACCAAUUGGUGCUGUUAGGAUCGGUUUAAAAGAUUCCGAACUGAUUGUAAAUCCCACUAGAAUUGAAUUACAGAAAUCAACAUUGGAUUUAAUUGUAUGCGCUACAAAACAGAAUUUAGUUGUUAUGUUGGAAGGCAAGGCUGAUAAUAUUUUACAGCAGGACUUACUAAAGGCUGUCAAGUUUGGUACGAGAGAAGCUCAAGGAAUUAUUUCUUCCAUAGAAAAAUUACAAAAAUCACAUGGCAAAACAAAAAGAGAAUUAAAUAUAUUACCUGAAGUGUCGGAUGAUUUAAUAAGUGCUAUAAAGUCAUUAAGUGAAAUGAGAAUUAGAGAAAUAUUCCGGAAUUAUAAUCAUGAUAAAAUAAGUAGAGAUAACGAAUUGAAUUUGGUGAGAAGCGAUAUUGUGGAGAAGGUACGAGCAAGUUUUACAGAUAUCGAACCAACUGUGAUAGUUGAUGAAUUUAAUAAAAUCAGUAAGAAAAUUUUCAGAGAUUUGAUUUUUGAAGAUGACAUUCGUUGUGAUGGUCGGAACUUAAAUCAGCUAAGGAACAUUUCUUGUGAUGUAAAUUUGUACAAGCCUUUACAUGGAUCCGCUUUAUUCCAACGGGGACAAACUCAAGUACUAUGCACAGUUGCUUUAGACUCGCCAGAUAGUGCUCUUAAAUUAGAUACAUCUUCGAUGCUCACAAGUGAUAUGAAAGUUAAAAAAUUCUUUUUGCAUUAUGAAUUUCCACCAUAUGCAACUGGAGAUAUUGGACGUAUAGGUCCUCUAGGAAGAAGAGAAUUAGGUCAUGGCGCUUUAGCAGAAAGGGGUCUUGCUCCAUUAGUACCUUCAGAUUAUCCUUUUACUAUUCGCCUCACAUCAGAAGUACUAGAGUCCAACGGUUCCAGCAGCAUGGCAAGUGUUUGUGGGGGUUGUCUUGCUCUUUUAGAUGCCGGUGUUCCGUUAAAAAGUUCAGCCGCAGGCGUUGCAAUUGGCCUUAUUGCACGAUAUCCACCUGGAGAUACAAAGCAUAUAGAAGAGUAUCGUUUAUUAACUGAUUUGCUGGGUAUCGAAGAUUAUCUGGGUGAUAUGGACAUGAAAGUAGCAGGCACAAGGAAAGGAUUCACAGCUUUGCAGGCUGAUAUCAAAAUUCCAGGAUUGCCUUUAAAAAUAGUAAUGGAAGCUUUGCAAGCGGCUGCGGAUGCUAAUUGUAGAAUCCUUGAUAUAAUGGAGAAGUGUAUCGAUAAACCCAGAAAGGUAAAAGAUAAUUGGCCAGUAUCUGAAACUCUAGAAGUUGAAAUUAGCAAGAGGUCAAAACUGUUCGGUGCCGGAGCUUCUAAUUUAAAGAAAAUUUAUUUAGAAACGGGCGUUGAGGUUACCCAACAAGAUGACACUACUUUUUCUUUAUUCGCGCCUUCUAAACUGGCCUUGGACGAAGCAAAGUCUAUGAUACAAGAUUUACUGGACUCUGAGCGUGUUCCAGAAUUGGAGUUUGGAGCGAUAUACUCUGCAAAAAUAGUUGAAAUCCGUGAUAUCGGUGUGAUGGUGCAAUUAUACAAAGAUAUGCCUCCGGCAUUGUUGCAUAAUUCACAGUUGGAUCAUAGAAAAGUUUCUCAUCCUUCAGCACUUGGUUUAGAAGUAGGAAAUGAAAUUCAAGUAAAAUACUUUGGUCGGGAUCCUGUUUCAGGUUUAAUUCGCUUGUCUAGGAAAGUUCUAUUGGGCAUUUCAGGACCAGUUAAAUCCCUAAUCAUAAAAUAAAAUAAA